CCACCAGCGACACUCCACUCCACACUUCCAUCACACACUCUUCAUCGUCGCCAUCGCCGCUCCGCACAAGCCGAGCCAAACCCGGACAACUUUUAAUCAACGAAACUAAACUUCACGGAACUCGCAACCAUGGGCGUUGAAAUCGAGACAACCCGGGCCGGCGAUGGCCAGACCUACCCCAAGACCGGGCAGACAGUUGUGGUCCACUACACAGGUACUCUCACAAGUGGGCAGAAAUUUGACUCCUCCAGGGAUCGGGGAGUACCAUUCAAGUUCCGCUUGGGCAAGGGAGAGGUCAUCAAAGGCUGGGAUGAGGGUUUUGCCCAGCUCUGCGUUGGUGAGAAAGCUCGCCUCACUUGCUCACCUGACUACGCCUAUGGAGCCCGCGGUCAUCCUGGCAUCAUCCCACCAAACGCCACUCUCAUCUUCGAUGUGGAAUUGUUGAAGGUGGAACCAUGAAAUCUGACAUUAUACAUUUUCUCAUAGCUGUUUGGCCCAACUGUCUUGUCUUUUUUCUGAUGUUAGCUCAUUCAGUAGAUUGAUACUCUUGUUAAAAACCUAACAUGCCAUAUAGUUGUAACUUGGUGAAACUUGCAUUUUUCAUGCUUUGCAUUUUAACAAGAUUGUCGAUUUUUAUUUUGAAUUGUUUGGCCAUUCUUUGGAUCUGAGUUGGGUCAAUGGCACAACCCUUUGUACCUCUUAUAUAUAUCAAUUUUAACAAAAGCCGUUGGUGUGUGGUGGUGUACCUGAGUAUUAAAUCUUCCACAGGUAUCUCUUACACUAUUUUAUGUAUGUAUUAAAUCAAUUUUGUCCUGGAUAUUUAGGGUUCAAUACACAUUGUGAUUAGUGUAGUCCAAAUUUUCACCUGCUCUUCUGCAUUUAUUGAGGAACUAGCUUCAAAUUAUGCAUUUGUCCCCAACAAUAAAUAAAGUAAUAUAUCUUA